GGCAGCACUCACUCGCUCAUUCUCUCUCUAAAAAAAAGCGAAGAAAAAGCUUUGAACAUAGAAUGUGAAAACCAGCGAGAAUAUAGAGAGAAUCCGAGACGAGCAGAGCUAAAAUGCAAUUACUUCUUCUCUCAUGGCUUCUAAUCAUCUUUUGUUUGGCCUUCUCUUCUUCUUCGGCUCCACCUGCGCCAUGGGUUAUGCGAAUAAGUUGUGGGGCUCGAGAAAAUGUAAAAACUCCACCAACAAAUACUCUUUGGUUCAAGGAUUUUGCUUAUACAGGAGGGAUUUUUACUAAUGCUACACGCCCAAGUUACAUCAGCCCCCCACUUAAAACACUUCGUUAUUUCCCUAUGUCUGGAGGGCCGGAAAAUUGCUACAAUAUUAAGAGAGUGCCAAAAGGGCACUACUCAGUGAGAGUCUUUUUUGGACUGGUAGGACAGCCUAAUUUUGACAACGAACCUCUGUUUGAUGUCUCUGUUGAAGGCACCCAGAUUUAUUCAUUAAAAUCAGGUUGGACGAGCCAGGAUGACCAAGUAUUUACUGAAGCUUUUGUGUUUCUUACAGAUGGCACUGCCUCUAUCUGUUUCCAUAGUACCGGUCAUGGAGAUCCAGCGAUUCUUUCCGUUGAAAUUCUUCAAAUUGACAAUAAUGCAUAUAAUUUUGGCCCGGAAUGGGGUAGAGGCACAAUCCUUAGAACAGCGAUGAGACUUAGCAGUGGUGAUGGAAAGCCAAAGUUUGACGUGGAUUAUAAUGGAGAUCCCUGGGGUGGAGAUAGGUUUUGGAAUCCUAUUACAAGUUUUGGUCAGAAUUCCGAUCAUCCUAGGUCUACUGAGAGUAGCAUUAAAAACGCUUCAAAUGCACCAAACUUCUAUCCAGAAGCUCUUUAUCAGACUGCCCUAGUUAGUACUGAUUCUGAACCUGAUUUAACAUAUACAAUGGAUGUGGAUCCCAACAGAAAUUACUCGAUUUGGUUACACUUUGCUGAGAUUGAUGCUUCAGUAACUGAUGUAGGCCAAAGGGUCUUUGACAUCAUCAUAAAUGGUGAUACUGCAUUCAAAGAUGUAGACAUUGUCAAAAUGAGUGGUGAUCGUUAUACUGCUCUUGUGUUAAACACGACUGUUGCUGUUGAUGGAAGGACUUUGACUAUAAAUUUGCACCCUAAAGUGGGCAGUCAUGCCAUUAUCAAUGCAAUUGAGGUCUUUGAAAUUAUCAUAGCUGAGUCCAAAACUUUACCAGAGGAAGUUAGUGCUUUACAGACAUUAAAGACGGCACUGGGGCUUCCUCUUCGGUUUGGAUGGAAUGGUGAUCCAUGUGUUCCCCAACAACAUCCAUGGAGUGGAGUAGAUUGCCAUUUGGACAGCACCAGAAGCAAAUGGUUCAUUGAUGGACUUGGUCUUGACAACCAAGGUCUAAGAGGUUUAUUGCCGAAUGACAUAUCCAGACUACGUCACCUACAGAGCAUAAACUUGAGUGGAAACAACAUUCAUGGGACUAUUCCUUCUUCUCUUGGGACAAUAGCUAGCUUAGAAGUGCUGGACCUCUCUUACAAUUUAUUUAAUGGAUCAAUUCCUGAAAGCCUUGGGCAGUUGACAUCAUUACAAAGACUGUAUCUCAAUGGAAACUCUUUGUCAGGAAGAGUCUCAGCUACACUAGGGGCAAGGCUUUUACAUAGAGCUAGCUUCAAUUUUACUGAUAAUGCAGGUCUUUGUGGUAUACCGGGACUCCCUACUUGUGGACCGCACCUUUCUCCUGGUGCAAAAGUUGGCAUCGCAUUUGGUGCCUCUGUGGCAUUCCUACUCAUUGUCAUUUGCUCAAUGUGUUGGUGGAAAAGACGGCAGAAUAUUCUCAGAACACAGCAGAUUGCAGCCAGAGGUGCUCCAUAUGCCAAAGCAAGAACCCAACUAUCACAUGAUAUCCAACUGACAAGGCAUUAUAAUCAUGGCCAUGUUAAAACUGCUUCUGAAAAUGGGCCGAGUUUACUAUCAUGAUUAUUUGACCAGUGCUCACAAUCCUGCCAAGUUGCAGUUUACAUGUUUCAGUACCCAGAUUCUGAUGUGUCCCGGAAUGUGAAGUCUGCCCGAUACCAGCACUUGGGCCAGGCUUUGUUGAUCUCAUUGAAGUGGGGUAUUGCCAAAUGUGCUCUUGUUCAUUAUCAUAAUUAUGCUGGGCAAAGCUCAAAAUUCCUCCAGAGUGGUUUCAACCUGAUCAAUUCCUCCUUGAUGGCAUCAAUCCAGGAAUCAUAUACGUUGCUUCAAUGCAUUUGUUCAAUUAUGGAGAAGAAAUGUCGUGACAAAUUUUAAAAACUAAGCAUAUGGAAAGAAAAAGAAAAAAAAAAAAACAGAGAGCAAAUUAUCCCUGCUUCCAUCUCUUCUUCAUCUUCUCAUCCUUGUCUUGUCCCUUCCUUCAACUAGUGUAAUAUGUCCUUUGUGCCUUGACUCUACAAAUGAUAUGUCUACUUGAAAUACUAGGCUGAUUCGCCACAUAAUUUUUCCUCUGUAAUUACAUGUCAUUGUGCCAUAACUGUAAAAGAAAUAAAACAAAAUGGCUAUUGUAC